UGACGAAACCGAGAUUCAGAGAGGUUCAGACACUUUCCCGAGGUCACACAGCUAGUCUAACCUCCUGUCCCUCCUGCUCUCUUUGGGCACCAUGGCUCCCGGCCCCUUGUCCACGGUGCUCUUCUCGCCACCUCCGACUGCCCUGUCUUUUCUGUUGUUACUCUGGGCCGGGGCAUCUCGUAGCCAGCCUUGUCCAGGCCGCUGCAUUUGCCAGAAUGUGGCACCUACACUGACCAUGCUGUGUGCCAAGACCGGCUUGCUCUUCGUGCCACCGGCCAUUGACCGGCGCGUGGUGGAGUUACGACUUACUGACAACUUCAUCGCGGCCGUCCGGCGCCGGGAUUUCGCCAACAUGACCAGCCUGGUGCAUCUCACCCUGUCCCGCAACACCAUCGGCCAAGUGGCGGCCGGCGCCUUCGCCGAUCUCCGCGCCCUGCGUGCCCUGCACCUGGACAGCAACCGUCUGGCUGAGGUGCGGGGUGACCAGCUGCGGGGCUUGGGUAAUCUUCGCCACCUGAUCCUGGGCAAUAACCAGAUCCGCAAGGUCGAGUCGGCCGCGUUCGACGCCUUCCUGUCCACCGUGGAAGACCUCGAUCUGUCUUACAACAACCUGGAGGCCCUGCCCUGGGAGGCCGUGGGCCAGAUGGUCAACUUGAACACACUCACGCUGGACCACAACCUCAUCGAUCACAUCGCCGAGGGAACCUUCGUGCAGCUGCACAAGCUGGUGCGCCUGGACAUGACCUCCAAUCGCCUCCACAAACUCCCUCCCGAUGGCUUGUUCCUGAGGUCCCAGGGCAGCGGGCCCAAGCCCCCCACGCCGCUGACCGUCAGCUUCGGGGGGAACCCGCUGCACUGCAAUUGCGAACUGCUCUGGUUGAGACGGCUGACCCGCGAGGAUGAUCUAGAAACUUGUGCCACCCCCGAGCACCUUACCGAUCGCUACUUCUGGUCCAUCCCCGAGGAGGAAUUCCUCUGCGAACCGCCGUUAAUCACCCGCCAAGCUGGGGGCCGCGCCCUGGUGGUUGAGGGCCAGGCGGUCAGUUUACGUUGCCGGGCCGUGGGUGACCCUGAGCCCGUGGUACAUUGGGUGGCACCCGAUGGGAGAUUGCUGGGGAAUUCCAGCCGGACUCGGGUGCGAGGGGAUGGGACCCUGGACGUGACCAUCACCACGUUAAGAGACAGUGGCAUCUUCACCUGCAUCGCCUCCAAUGCGGCCGGGGAAGCCACGGCACCCGUGGAGGUCUGCGUGGUACCUUUGCCCUUGAUGGCGCCUCCACCAGCUGCCCCACCGCCUCUCACCGAGCCGGGCUCCUCUGACAUCGCCACGCCCGGCAGACCCGGGGCCAAUGAGUCAGCUUCCGAGCGCAGGCUGGUGGCAGCCGAGCUCACCUCAAGCUCUGUGCUCAUCCGCUGGCCAGCCCAGAGGCCAGUGCCCGGUAUCCGCAUGUACCAGGUCCAGUACAACAGCUCGGCCGAUGACUCUCUUGUGUACAGGAUGAUCCCAUCCACCAGCCAGACCUUCCUGGUGAACGAUCUGGCAGCGGGCCGGGCUUACGAUUUGUGCGUGCUGGCGGUCUACGACGACGGCGCCACGGCUCUACCCGCCACGAGAGUCGUGGGGUGUGUGCAGUUCACGACGGCGGGGGAUCCUGCACCGUGUCGCCCCCUGAGGGCCCAUUUCCUGGGUGGCACCAUGAUCAUCGCCAUUGGGGGCGUCAUCGUCGCCUCGGUCCUGGUUUUCAUCGUUUUGCUCAUGAUUCGCUACAAAGUAUACGGCGAUGGAGACAGUCGCCGCGCUAAGGGCGCGUCCCGCUCACCCCCGAGGGUCAGCCACGUGUGUUCGCAGACUAACGGUGGUGCAGGCACCCAGCAGGCCCCGGCCCCGACCGCACAAGACCGCUACGAGGCACUGAGGGAGGUGGCCACCCCGGCUGCUGCGGUGGCCAUCGAGGCCAAGGCCACCACCACCACCGCGGCUGAGGCAGCUUCCAUGGAGAAGGAGACGAUCCUAGGACGCUCUCUGGGCGGCUCGGCCACCUCCCUGUGCCUGCUGCCAUCCGAGGAAACUUCCGGGGAGGAGUCUCGGGCUUUGGCAGGUCCUCGGAGGAGCCGUUCAGGGGCCCUGGGGCCACCAGCUUCUGCGCCCCCGAUUCUAGCUUUGGUUCCUGGAGGGGCUCCAGCCCGAUCAAGGCCGCAACAGCGUUAUUCCUUCGAUGGGGACUACGGGGCGUUAUUUCAGAGCCACAGUUACCCGCGCCGCGCCCGGCGGACAAAGCGCCACCGCUCCACGCCACACCUGGACGGGGCCGGCGGGGGCGCGGCCGGGGAGGACGGAGACCUGGGGCUGGCCUCCGCCAGGGCGCGCCUGGCUUUUACCAGCACCGAAUGGAUGCUGGAGAGUACCGUGUGA